CGGUGAGUCAGAGAGUCAGAGGAGCGGAGAGCAUCAUCAGCAGGAUAAAAAGCCGCUUCUUUCACACUCCGAGCUUCUGCUGGUUAAACUCUGAGGAUUUUCUCCUUUGAACUUUUGGACCUCCGACUUGCCGCUGCCAGGAUGGCGCUGAUGAUUUCGUCCAGAACAAACUACGACUACGACACCAUGCAGCCGUGCUUCUUCCUCGGCGCCGAAGAGGAGGACUUCUACCCUCCUCCGCACAGCCAGCUCCUCCCCGGUCCAGGUGAGGACAUCUGGAAGAAGUUUGAGCUCCUCCCGACUCCUCCCUUGUCGCCCAGCCGGACCCCUCCUCCCUCAGACCCCUCGCUGUCCGCCGUGGAACACCUGGAGGCGGUGUCUGAACUCCUGGAUGACGACCGCAACGCGUUCCUCCAGUCCUUCAUCAUCCAGGACUGCAUGUGGAGCAGCAGCUUCGUGGCGGCCACCACGCUGGAGAAGGUGGUGUCAGAGCGGCUGGCGUCUCUCCAGGCCCGCCGCCUCUCCUCGGACCCCAGCAGCCCCACAGGUGGGGCCGCUGAUGGCGAGGCGGAUCAGACCGCGCCGUACCUGCCGGACCUCCAGGCUGCAGCUUCCAACUGCAUCGACCCGUCUGUGGUGUUCCCCCUCGCCUCGGCCAGCAGGCAGCAGCUCGGUGCAGCGGAGGUGGAGGUCGGGUCAGAACCGAGCCUGGAGACGCCGCCGCUCAGCAGCAGCGACAGCGAAUCAGAAGAGGAAGAGGAUGGUGAGGAUGAAGAGGUUGACGUGGUGACGGUGGACAGGCAGAGGAUGCCUCGGCGGCCUGAGGUCUCCCCCCUGGUCCUAAAGCGCUCCCACAUCAACAUCCAGCAGCACAACUACGCCGCCGCACAGCCUGCGCGGAAACGGCCCAAGAUGGCAGAGAGCCCGGCGCCAUCGCGGCACAGUGGCGGGCGGCGCUGCUGGAGCCCACGGUCGGAUGCGGAGGACGAGGACAGGCGCAGGACUCAUAACGUUUUAGAGCGGCAACGCCGCCACGAGCUGAGGCGGAGCUUCCUGGGCCUGAGGGAGCAGAUCCCGGCGGUGGCUCACAACGAGAAGGCGGCGAAGGUGGUGAUUCUAAAGAGGGCGACAGAGUUCAUCAUGGCGGUCAGGGAGGAGGAGAGGAAGCUGCUGAGGAGGAAGGAGGAGCUGACGAAGAGGAGCAGAGAGCUGAGGCGGCGGCUGGAGCAGCUCAGGACGUUACCGUAACGCGUUCGCUCCUGAUUUAGGUCCGUUUCCAUGUUGGAAACCGUUUGUAAACCAUCAGUCAUAGUGACUGAAGAACUGCAGUAACAGAUCGUAUCUGAGCGCCGCCGGCAGCCGGGCUGCCAUCUUUAUUUAUGAGUAUUAUGCUGUUUAAUUUAUGUGGACCUCACAGAACCGCCGUCUCUGUUGGUUCUGCUUUUUAUAUUCCCCUGCAGAGACGGAUGUCAAAAUAAAAGCCUCUCCUGU